ACACAGCGGCGCGCUUCUCUGACAUUAAUGACCGCGCGCGCGUCUCUCCUAGCGUUAAACGACAACGGGAGCCUUCAAACGGAUUUACAAGCGAAACCACUGUUGAUUCCGGUGUGCGUUCGCGGACGGAGCCGCGUCGGGGAAAUGCAGAGACACGGAGGCGAGCGUCAGCAGCGAUAAAAAGCGCAGGUGGGAUGUCGUGAAUCCGUCGGGUGACUCUGGUGCCGAUGGGAGCUGCUGCAGCAUCAUGAGCUGCCAUGAUGCCGGAGGGCGCCGACGUUACGAGGACUCGGAGUUCACGUUGCGUGUGUAUCCCGGUGCUCUGUCCGAGGGCACCAUCUACUGCCCCGUGUCGGCGCGGAAGGUGACGUCUGCGGCGGAGGUCAUCGAGCGCGUCAUCGAGCGGCUGCAGCUGGACCGUGCGCGUCUCUACGUGCUCGCCGAGGUCAAGGAGUUCGGCGGCGAGGAAUGGAUCCUGAACCCCUGCGACUGUCCCGUGCAGCGCAUGAUGCUGUGGCCGCGCAUGGCGCUGGAGAACCGGCUGGCCGGAGAGGAUUACCGCUUUCUGCUGCGCGAGAAAGACCUGGACGGAUCCAUCCGCUACGGAAACCUGCAGAUGUGGCUGCGAGUGACGGAGGAGCGGCGGCGGAUGGUGGAGCGCGGACUCCUCCCGCAGCCUCCGUACGUCGACGAUCUCUGCGCGCUGCCCGAUCUGAACGAGCGGACUUUGCUGGAGAACUUGCGCGGACGCUUUCGGCAAGAGAAGAUUUACACGUACGUCGGCGGGAUCCUGAUCGUCGUCAACCCCUUCAAGUUCCUGCCCAUAUAUAACCCCAAAUACGUUAAGAUGUACGAUAAGCAGCGACUGGGGAAGCUGGAGCCGCACAUUUACGCAGUGGCCGACGCGGCGUAUCACGCCAUGCUGCAGAGGAGGAGGAACCAGUGCAUCGUGAUCUCAGGAGAGAGCGGAUCGGGAAAGACGCAGAGCACCAACUUCCUCAUCCAUCACCUGACGGCGCUCAGCCAGAAGGGCUUCGCCAGCGGCGUGGAGCAGAUCAUCCUCGGGGCCGGACCUGUGCUGGAGGCAUUUGGAAAUGCCAAAACGGCCCAUAACAAUAAUUCUAGCCGCUUCGGGAAGUUCAUUCAAGUCAACUAUCAGGAGAGCGGGACUGUGAGAGGAGCUUAUGUGGAGAAGUACCUUCUGGAAAAAUCCCGACUGGUUUAUCAGGAGCACAAUGAGAGGAACUAUCAUGUGUUUUAUUACCUGCUGGCCGGAGCGAGUGAAGAAGAAAGAAGAGCGUUUCAGCUCCUCAAACCAGAGGAGUAUCAUUACCUGAACCAGAUAACAAAGAAAGUCCACAGACAGCACUGGGGAAAUUACUGUGAGACCGAGCUGGACUGUUUCAUGGUGGAAGGUGAAGAUCUGAAGCAUGACUUUGAGCGACUCCAGCUGGCCAUGGAGAUGGUGGGAUUCCUGCCGACCACCAGAAAACAAAUCUUUUCUUUACUGUCUGCGAUUCUUCUCCUGGGAAAUAUCCGUUACAAGAAGAAGACGUACAGAGACGACUCCAUCGAUAUCUGCAACCCAGAGGUGCUUCCUAUCGUCUCUGAACUGCUGGAGGUGAAGGAGGAGAUGCUUUUCGAGGCUCUGACCACGCGAAAGACGGUGACGGUGGGCGAGAGGUUGAUUGUGCCGUACAAACUGGCAGAGGCUGGGACGGUGAGGGACUCGAUGGCCAAAUCUCUGUACGGUGCUCUGUUUGACUGGAUCGUCUUCCGCACAAACCACGCACUGCUCUACAACAAAGACUUGGAGGAUUCAGACAAGAUCCUAUCCAUCGGCGUGCUGGACAUCUUCGGCUUCGAGGACUACGAGAACAACAGCUUCGAGCAGUUCUGCAUAAACUUCGCCAACGAGACGCUGCAGCAUUACUUCAACCAACACGUCUUCAAGCUGGAGCAGGAGGAGUAUCGCUCGGAGGGCAUCAGCUGGCACAUGAUCGACUACAUCGACAACACGGCCUGCAUCAACCUCAUCAGCAAGAAACCCACCGCGCUGCUCCACCUGCUGGACGAGGAGUGCAAUUUUCCGCAGGCGUCUAAUCAGACUCUUCUGGAUAAGUUUAAGCGGCAGCACGAGGGAAACGGCUACAUCGAGUUCCCUGCCGUCAUGGAGCCAGCGUUCAUCAUCCGACACUACGCUGGCAAGGUCAAAUACAGCGUCAAGGAUUUCAGGGAGAAGAACACGGAUCACAUGCGUCCGGAUAUCGUGGCUCUGCUGAAGAGCAGCCGAAACGCAUUCAUCUGCGGCCUGAUGGGAAUCGAUCCGGUGGCCACCUUCCGCUGGGCCGUGAUCCGCGCCUAUUUCCGAGCGCUCGUCGCCUUCAGAGAGGCCGGGAAACGGCACAAGGAGAAGACGACGACCACGAGCGGCUCUGAUGGUCCGGUUCAGAAUCAGAAAAGUGUGGACAGCUUCAGUUUUCUGCAUCAUCCUGUUCACCAGCGGAGCCUUGAGAUCCUGCAGCGAUGCAAAGAUGACAAAUACAAUUCGUGCAUCAGCCGGAGGAGCCCACGCACUCCUCUAUCAGACCUGCAGGGAACAAACACGCUCCGAGAGAAAAUGAGCAGGAGGAGCGAGCGCGUCUCGUCUCACGAGGAGGAGGGGAUCUUCGUGAACUCGGUGAAUAAUAAGCUGCUGGAGCGAGCGCAAGGCAUCCUGAUGAGAAACAAGAACUACAAGACCAAGCCCAGCCUCCCGAAGCACCUGCUGGAUGUGAAAUCGCUGAAGUAUCUGAGCUGCCUGACGCUCCACGACCGAAUCACCAAAUCACUGCUGCAUCUGCACAAGAAGAAGAAACCGCCCAGCAUCAGCGCGCAGUUCAACGUGUCUCUGAAUAAGCUGAUGGAGACUCUGGGACAGUCGGAGCCGUACUUUGUGAAAUGCAUCCGCUCUAAUGCGGAAAAGCUUCCUCUGCGUUUCAGCGACGCGCUGGUGUUGAGACAGUUACGCUACACCGGCAUGCUGGAGACGGUCAGGAUCCGCCGCUCCGGAUACAGCGUCAAAUACAGCUUCCAGGAUUUUGCCCUUCAUUUCCGUGUGCUGCUACCCGCGGGCUUUCACGCCUCUCAGACGGGAAUCAGACAGUUCCUGCAGAGCGUCGACCUCGAGCCCAACGGACAUCAAGUGGGCAGAAGCACGGUGUUCCUGCGGGAGCGUCUGCGGCAGCGUCUGCAGGAGCAGCUUCAUCAGGAGGUUCUGAGGAGGAUCGUGUGUCUGCAGAGGAGCUUCAGGACGCAGCAGGAGAGGAGACGCUUCUGCAGACAGAGACGAGCCGCUCGACUCAUACAGUGCUGGUGGAGGGCCUGUCUGACUCGUGCUGACGCGGAGCUCCAGCAGGGGGCGGCGCUGCAUCUGCAGGCGGCCUGGAGAGGCUUCAGAGAGCGCCGGCUGUUCCUGCGGCGGAGGAGAGCGGCGCUGAUCAUCCAGGCGUGCUGGAGGAGAGUCCUGCAGACGCAACACUCGGCCGCGCGCCUCAUACAGGCCGCCUGGAGGAGCCUCAGACAGAGACGCAGAUUCCUGCAGCAGCGCCGCGCCGCCGUCACGCUCCAGGCCGCCUGCAGGGGGCAGCGCGAGCGCCUCAGGUGCCGCAUUCUUCGAGAGCAGCGACAUGGAGAGAAAAGCCUCUGUGAAAACACUGUGAGCAAAAGUUUACACGCCCAACAAAACCCAACCGAAGUCCAAGAGGAGAAACAAGAAACUCAAUCCGCCGAACCUCCCAAAAGCGUAGACGACAGCACGCUGAAGAGCCGCUCCAAGCGCGAAAGCAGGAGGCAGCGGGAGCUCCAGCAAGCCAGCUUCAGUUUAGAGCUGCUCAAAGUGCGCUCCGGUUCAGUGGACGACGCUCAGAACCCGCUCUCCAGACAUCUUCCCUCGGAUAGCCAAGAAAGCUUCGAGAUCCUCGGCUUUCCCGACGAGGAACCGGCGGCGUCCGAACCCGAGCCGAUGGAGGAGAACCAGAGCAGUCUGGCGUCCUUCAAACCUCACUUCUACAUCGCAGAUGAGGACAGCAGCCCGGUCAGGCAAGCUCGGGAGAAGAAGGAGUCGGUUGUGGUCAUAAUCCGCAUGCAGAAGGAGAACCCUGUGGACCAAAGCAGCCUGGAAGCUCUGCAGAAACUCGAGACGAUGGACACUGAGGAGAUUCACAGAGAAACCGACGAUAGAUCGAAUGGAUUGUCUUCUCCAGAUCAUCCUGAGCCUCAAACCAUCACGCCGUCGUCUUCCAAACCCCUCCAGCUGGACUCGAGGGACUCGGUUCAAGAAGCGGCUUCAGAGCCCAAGAAGGAGGUUCAGAAGAAGUUUGUUUCCCAGAGCAUCAGCAUCAGUAUGAAGGAGAAAGCCUUCUCUCCCAAACGCAGCCGACUGACCUUCUCCAAGUCGGAUAAAGACCUGGUGAAUCAGGAACGAUCACUGGCGAUCCAAAGAGAGGCAGGAUUCAGAUCGUUAAAAAACAGAGAGGUGAUCAGAGCGGCUCAUAAAAAGAAAGCGCGCAUGGCCGGGACGCGCUCUGAUUUCCUGAGCCGUGCCUGCAGCGCGGAGCUCGACUCUGAUGAAGAUGAGGACAGAGCCGUCCUCUCUCGCACCCUGCGGCUCCCAGAAUCCCACAGCGACUCCCAGACGUCGUCUCAGAAAGAGCAGAAGAGGAUCCAGAAGACCAUGUCGUCAGGUGACCUUGGGAAAAUGGAUUCGCUCCGGAAGUCAAUCUCGCAAACCGACAGCAGGGUCAGAGGCAAAAUGCGGUUCUGGAGUAAGAGCAAACAUGGAGAUAAAAAGAUGUCCACCAGGGGGCGCGCCGCAGACUCGGAGCUCAACGACAAGAGGAAUGACUCUCCUCCGGGAAGCCCUGAGCAGGCCGGACUGUCGGAGUGCGGACGCGACAGCAAGGAGAACCGUGAGCCGAUGAUGGGCAUGAUGUCGAUGAAGAGGAGACGCAGUGUGAAGAUCAGUAGCGUGUCUCUCGAAUCUUCCGCCUGGCAGAACGACUCGCUGCACAUCCUCACCAACACUGCAGACUAUCGCAGCAUGAACGACUUCCUCAUGAAGAAGAUCAGCGAUCUAGAUGCUGAAGACAGUCAGAAGGACACACCUGUGGAUGUGGUUUUCAAGAAGGCCCUAAAAGAGUUUCGCCUCAACAUCUUCAACUCGUACUCUACUGCUCUGGCCAUGGAUGAUGGCAGGAGCAUUCGUUAUAAAGAUCUCUACGCUCUGUUCGAACACAUCUUAGAGAAGAACAUGCGUCUGGAGCAGAGAGACUGGAGCGAGUCACCGGUUAAAGUCUGGGUCAACACCUUCAAAGUCUUCCUCGAUGAGUUCAUGACCGAAUACAAGCCAAUGGAUGGAACCAUCAGUAAGGCUCCUAAACCUGAGAGGAAGAAGAGGAGGAAAAAGGAAUCGGACACCGUGGAAGAGCACAUGGGUCACAUCUUUAAAUCCACUCAGUACAGCAUCCCGACCUACUGCGAGUUCUGUUCGUCUCUCAUCUGGAUGAUGGACAAAGCGUGUGUCUGCAAACUCUGUCGCUAUGCGUGUCACAGGAAGUGCUGUCUGAGGAUGACCACCACAUGCAGUAAGAAGUUUGACCCCGAGCUGUCUUCACGGCAGUUUGGAGUAGAGUUGUCUCGUUUAACGAGCGAUGAGAGAGCCGUCCCGCUGGUGGUGGAGAAGCUGAUCAACUACAUCGAGAUGCACGGCCUGUACACCGAGGGCAUCUACAGGAAGUCUGGAUCCACCAAUAAAAUCAAAGAACUCAAGCAGGGUCUGGACACCGAUGCGAACAGCGUGAAUUUAGACGACUACAACAUCCAUGUGAUUGCCAGUGUGCUGAAGCAGUGGCUGCGUGACCUUCCCAACCCCCUCAUGACCUUUGAACUUUACGAGGAGUUUCUCAGGGCUAUGGGUCUGCAGGAUAAACGUGAGGUGGUUCAGGGGGUUUAUUCGGUCAUCGAUCAGCUCAGCCGAACUCACCUGAGCACACUGGAGAGACUCAUAUUCCACCUGGUCCGGAUCUCAUUCCAGGAGGAGACGAACCGCAUGUCUGCAAACGCACUGGCCAUCGUGUUUGCACCCUGCAUACUGCGCUGUCCCGACACCACCGACCCGUUACAGAGCGUCCGGGACAUCAGCAAGACCACCGCGUGUGUGGAGCUGAUCAUCUGCGAGCAGAUGAGGAAAUAUAAAGCCCGUCUGAAGGACAUCAACACGCUGGAGUUUGCUGAAAACAAAGCCAAGAGUCGACUGACGCACAUCCGGAGAUCUAUGAAACCAGUACUAAUUGCGGUUAGGUUUAUUGGCAUUACAAGAACUGCCACCCCGCCAAACGCAGUGAAAAAGGGUAAGGCGCGUUUACGCAAAAGCGGCCGCCACACGCCCUCACCACCCUUAAGCCCUCGGGCGGCAGAGAGGGAGGAGCCAGGCGAGGAGGGGGCGGAGUCUGGGCUGAGUGAGCAGCAGCAAGCAGCCAUGCAGCAGGAGGAGAAAGUUUUGACUCAGCAGAUAGAAAACCUGCAGAAAGAGAAGGAAGAACUGACCUAUGAGAUGCUGGCUUUGGAUCCCAGAGCGUCCGAUGACGAGAUGCUGGAGUCAGAAGCGUCUAUCGGGACAGCAGACAGCUCAGAAAACCUCAUGGAGUCAGAAGGCGCCGCGUCCGAUCAAUGGGAAAAAAGCCCCGGCGCGUCGUCGGCGACACGCUGGAGGAAGUCCGAGUCCAAAAGCAGACGUGGUUUACGCCGACAGCCUGAAUCUCUGGACUCGGUGGACUCGGCCGUAGCCUCGCUGUCCUCCGUGUCGUCCACGCCUCACUAUCGCUUUCGCUCGUCCUCUUCCGGGCCGCUAUUUUCGUCCGGCUCUCCCGGGGAAUUGCACAUUCUCCCCGAUCAGGAGGGCUCCGAACAGGCUUCCCUGACCACCCGAUGUGCCUCCAGCUCUGAGAAAACCCAUCCGCGGCCCAGAGGGAACCGAAGCUGCCCGCCAAAGCCCCGUGAGCCGGGAGAAGGCGGCGGCGGCGGCAGCGGCCGGAGAAGAGAGCAUGACUUCGGUUCUUCUCAGCCUUUGGUGCUGUAUGGGAGUAAUGAAUUUAUGGUGUGACGAUGAUGGUGUCCAACGUUAGCCGGAGCUGGUAAAGCAGAAACACCAAUGGAUGUCCAAAUGACAUUUGAAGAGAAAGAAGAUGCUUGGAAACCAACCUUCAAUUGCUCGCCCUUCCAGUGAACAAACUGUUUGGAAGGUACUAAAAAUGAUGCUGAUGAACGACCUACUGACUGUAACGGACCUGCUGGACCGGUCUGUUUUUCACAACAAGAAUAGCUGAACAGGGAAAGAGCGAUUUUUAAUCAACGCGCAAUGUUCAUUUUCAUGUUUACAGAACUGAGCCAAUGAGACUUCAACUGACUGCAUGCCGUAUUGCUACCAUUUUGUUUUCACACUAUGAUUAAAACCUUUGAUAAAGUGCUAAAUAUGUAAAAUAAUAUUAUAUUAUUGAUAAGGGUCGAACGAAUCGUGUAAAUAGCUGAAAUCCUUGUGCUGCUGGUUGAUCCAUGUGAAAAUAACGUCUUUUUGUGUUGCAGAUUGAAAACUAGAGCGUGUGAAUCUGGGGUCUGUGUUGUUUCUUAUGGGCGAGUCUGACAAAAACGCACAUGAUUUAGGUCUUAUUUCAUCCCAUUUUUUGCAUAAAGCAAACAAUCUUCGGUUUGAAAUCGGCAAAAUUGGUUUGAUUGUUGAGUGAAAUCUGAACUGGGCAUGUGCUUUAACCCACGUUAUUUGCUUUUUUUUGGUUCCAGGAACACGUUUUCCAUUCAGAUGAAAAAGCAAAAGGAUGAUAAGGGAUGAAAAGUCAGAUGUGUGUGUUUGUCUCAUCAUCAUUUGCUGUAGUUUUACUCGCCAUCCUAUUUUUUUUUUCUCAUCAGUGUUAUGUGCAACCAAAUCAGGACUUGAAAAUAUAUUUUGUUUUUUGGUAAAUUGCUUUUUUAAAGUAUAUUGUGUUUUACACAUGCUAAUAUUUUAUUGUGAAUUUCAAGUAUAUGAAUAUUUUUGGUGUUCCAUUGUUGCCAUCUGGAGUCACAUGUUUAGUUGGCCAUAACAUCCUUUCUGUUUAAAAACUUAGAUUUAAUUUAGGGCUAAUUUAUCACAAACAUCCUCUGCUGUGGAUUUUUACCCUUUAAACUGUCAUUAGUAGAUUAACAUGCAAAUUUAUAGCAGUAAAGUUCAUGGAAAAACAAGGACACGUAAUGGCAAAAAGCUCAAAGCUUUAGUAUGAACUAUAUAGUACGUUUACGCAGUCAACAUUACUGUUUAUGUGCAGGGAAUGUGUCUCCAGAAGCUGUUUACUCUUUUCGAUGUGCUGUUACAGAUAUCUAUGUCUAUAUCUAUGUCAUAUCAGUCAUAGCCUAUUGCAAGAAACCAUCACCAUGGUGCAAUAUCACAAGAGACAUUAAGCUAUGUUUUUAUGUUCUGAUAAGUAUACUUUGGUACUGUCCUAACCUUUAAGUCCACUAAUGCUCAAAACUGGGCGGUAAGAAGGAAACGGUUGUUUGUCGCGUCCUGCAUAAGUGAAUGUAAUCACUGUAGCAUGCCACACUAUUGUCAAAUUUCUCUUUUACAGCUACUGUAUUUAAGACCAUGUUUGAGGCCGGAAACAUACUCUGUGCAAAAAACGCAAACCCGAAUGCAGUCCCUAACAUAUUUAACAUGUAUUAAGGUGUGGUCUCAAAUUUCAACAGCAUUUUGUGUGAAAAAGGUCUGUUAUCCAUUCCUACUGGAUUGCUGUUGGAAUGACUGGAUUUCAUCUGCAAAAUUUCACCAUGCAAGAGUAAAUGUAUAUAAAUGCACCUUUUUACUGUGGCUUCAUAACUCAUUGGGUUACGGAGGCCAUUUCUGACACUUAAAAAACAAAAAAACAAAACGUGCUUUAAUGAGUCAAACUGAAAAGUUGAAACUGACUUGGCAUAAUGACAUAAUUAUGACAUACUAAGUUGUAAUUAUGACUUUAAAAAUUGAAAUUAUGAUAUUCUGUACUAAGUCAUAAUUAUAAAAUAAAAGUCGAAAUUGAGUUUGACGCAGUUAUGACAUACCAAGUCUAUAAUUAUGAUUUUAAAAGUUGAAAUCGACAAAAGGUCAAAAUGUCAUAACUUAAAUUACAAAAUCAUCAUUUUGACCUUUUGUCGAUUUCAACUUUUAAAAUCAUAAUUAAAAGUUGAAAUUAUGACUUUAAAAGCUGACAUUGACAUACUAAAUUGGAAUUACAAGUCAAAAUUUAGAUAUAAAGGCAAAAAAGUAUUUAUAUCUUAAUUUUUUAAUCUCAUAAUACUUAGUAUGUCAAUUUUGAGUUUUAAGGUAAUCAUUUCGAUUCAUAACGAUGCCUUUUUAUGUCAUAAUUUCGACUUGGUUUAUGAUCAUUUUGGCACUUAAAGUCAUAAUUAUGUCUAACUAUGUCAUAAUUAAGAUGUGGCGGAAAUGGGCUUGUUAAACCGGAUUUAGGUAGCUAGCAAUAAACAUGUUGACAGGUUAACUAACAUUACCUUAAUUCUCUUCAAACUGUCGCUCCACUGCGCGAGUUGCCCUGAAAGAGAAAAAACUAAACAAACUGACCGUUAUGUUAAUGAGCUUCAAGCGCGCUCUUCAGAAUGCUGACACGUGAUCCUGCGUGUGCGCGCAUGCACUCGUGUAGAGUAUGUUUUUUGGCGCAAGACUGUUGUUUUUAAAAACAAGGGAUGUAAUUGAGUGAUGUAAUAUCUUGCAUAUGACGAUUACUUUACGUUGAAUGAUCCUGCUCUGUGUGUUUUGAUGGACUGACAGUCUCUACAAACAGAUUUGUGCUUUCAGAGUUUGUGUUUGUGCUCUUGCGAGCGCAGUUGUAAACAGUGCAAUUUGUGUAAUAUUUCUUUAAUGUGUAAAUGUAAGGAUGUUAAAAAAAAAAAAAAAAUUAACAUAAUCAUUGUCUUAUUAAAAAAGAAGAAAAUAAA